AUGGCUAUCACGAUCCCGGAGCUGGACGAGAUCGUCCGCUCCUUCUACGAGGGCCGUGGAGAACAGCAAAAGCAAGCGCAAGCAACGCUUAACCAGUUCAAGGAAGACCAAGAUUCCUGGCUUCUUGUCGACAAGAUCCUCGCCGAAGCGACCCACCCUCAAACAAAGUUCUUGGGAUUGCAGGUGCUUGAUAAUGUUAUUAUGACAAGAUGGAAGGUUCUGCCUAGAGACCAGUGCCAAGGCAUCCGCAACUUCGUCGUGCAGUUCAUUAUCCAGUGCUCGAGCUCCGAAGGGUCGAUGAAGGAACAGAAGAUCCUGUUGAACAAGCUCAACAUCGUCCUCAUCUCGAUCCUGAAGCAAGAAUGGCCUCACAACUGGCCCACGUUCAUCAACGAGAUUAUCACGUCGUGCCACUCCAGUCUGUCCAUUUGCGAGAACAACAUGGUCAUUCUGCGCCUGCUGUCCGAGGAGGUAUUCGACUACUCCGCCGAGCAAAUGACAUCCACCAAGACCCGGAAUCUGAAGACCACCAUGUGCGCCGAGUUUUCUCAAAUCUUCACCCUCUGCCAGGAGGUCCUGAACACCGCCGAUCAGCCGAGCCUGGUCAAGGCCACCCUCGAGACAUUAUUGCGCUUCUGCAACUGGAUUCCUCUCGGUUACAUCUUCGAGACGCCGCUCAUCGACACCUUGCGUACACGAUUUUUGCCCGUUCCCGAGUUCCGCAACAUCGCUCUGCAGUGUUUGACCGAGAUUGGCGGUCUGCAAACUGGUGGGCCCGGCCAGCCUAAUUCUUACGAUGAGCAGCUGGUCAAGAUGUUCACCGAGGUACUAACGACCAUCGCCACCAUCAUUCCCAUCACCCUCGACCUCAAGUCGACAUACAGCCAAAGCAACUCCAGAGAUCAGGGGUUCAUUCAGAACUUGGCUCUUUUCCUGUGCAAUUUCUUCGGCAUGCACCUGAAUCUCAUUGAGAACUUGCCGAACCGGGACUUCCUUACUCAUGGUCAUUAUUACCUAAUUCGCGUAUCCCAGAUCAACGACCGCGAGAUCUUCAAGAUCUGUCUCGACUACUGGCUCAAGCUCGUCAACGAGCUCUACGAUGAGAUGCAGCAACUCCCCAUGACUGAGCUCAACCCCUUGAUGGGCAUGGCCGGUGGCAUGUCUGGAGGCGGCGCGCCGAACCCGUCGCUGCUCAACAACUACCCGCUUCGUAAGCACAAGUACAACGAGGUCCUUUCCAACCUUCGCACCGUCAUGAUUGAGAAGAUGGUCCGUCCUGAGGAGGUCCUCAUUGUCGAGAACGAUGAGGGAGAAAUCGUCCGCGAGUUCGUCAAGGAGAGCGACACAGUCCAGCUUUACAAGACCAUCAGAGAGUGCUUGGUGUACCUAACGCACUUGGACGUUGUGGACACUGAGAACAUCAUGACGGAGAAGCUCGCCCGGCAGGUCGAUGGCAGCGAGUGGUCAUGGCACAACUGCAACGUUCUUUGCUGGGCCAUCGGUUCGAUUUCCCUGGCCAUGAACGAGGAGACUGAGAAGAGAUUCCUGGUCACUGUCAUUAAGGAUCUUUUGGGCCUCACCGAGAUGAAGCGUGGCAAGGACAACAAGGCCGUCGUCGCCUCCAACAUCAUGUACAUUGUUGGACAAUACCCCCGGUUCUUGAAGGCGCACUGGAAGUUCCUCAAGACUGUCGUCAAUAAGCUCUUCGAGUUCAUGCACGAGUCGCAUGAAGGUGUCCAGGACAUGGCUUGCGAUACCUUCAUCAAGAUCGCGAGACAGUGCCGUCGCCACUUCGUUGCUCUGCAGCCCAGUGAGCAGGAGCCCUUCAUUGAGGAGAUUGUUCGCAACAUGCACAAGAUCACCUGCGAUCUCUCGCCUCAGCAAGUGCACACUUUCUACGAGGCCUGCGGUUACAUGGUGGCUGCUCAGGGCAACAAGCACCAGCAGGAGCGUCUGCUCAGCGAUCUGAUGGCCAUUCCGAACGCGGCGUGGGAUGAGAUUAUCAAGCAGGCUCGGGUCAACCCCGUCAUUCUUCAAGAUGCCGAGACGAUUAAGGUUAUUGGCAACAUCAUGAAGACGAACGUCUCCGCUUGCACAUCCAUUGGCCCGUACUUUUACCCCCAGAUUGGUCGCAUCUUCCUCGAUAUGCUCCAGAUGUACCGUGCUACCAGUGAACUGAUUUCCGAGGCUGUCCAAAAGCAGGGCGAGAUUGCUACCAAGAUGCCGCAUGUCCGUGGACUGCGUACCAUCAAGAAGGAGAUUCUCAAGCUCGUUGAGACGUACGUUGAGAAGGCCGAGGAUCUGCAAUCUGUGCGCCAACAGAUGGUUCCUCCCCUGCUUGAGUCCAUCCUGAUCGACUACAACCGCAACGUGCCGGGAGCCCGUGACGCCGAAGUCCUCAAGGCCAUGUCUGCGAUUAUUACCAAGCUUUCCACUUUGAUGGAGGACCAGGUCCCGAACAUCAUGGAGAACGUCUUCGAGUGCACUCUGGACAUGAUCAACAAGGACUUCUCUGAAUUCCCUGAGCACCGUGUCGAGUUCUUCAACCUUCUUCGCGCGAUCAACCUUCACUGCUUCCCGGCGCUGUUGAAGCUUGAUAACCGCCAGUUCAAGUUCGUCAUCGACUCGUGCUCAUGGGCAUUCAAGCACGAUAACCGCGAUGUGGAGGCUGCUGGACUUAACAUGUGCUUGGAGCUCAUCAACAACAUUGCGGAGAAGACUGAUGUGCAGACGGCCAACGCCUUCUUCCAGCAGUUCUUCAUCACCAUCCUGCAGGACGUCUUCUUCGUUCUCACUGAUAACGACCACAAGGCCGGUUUCAAGACUCAGUCUAUGGUUUUGAUGAGGAUGUUCUACUUUGUGGAGCCUGCCGACGGAAGCGCAGCCAAGAUCCAGGGCCCGAUUUACAGUCCCGACCAGGCGGCGGCUGGCACCUCCAACAAGGAGUUCCUCGCUAACUUCGUGGCUAACUUGCUUCGUGGUGCCUUCCCCAACCUGCAACCCGCUCAAAUCCAGACCUUUGUCGAGGGCCUGUUCACAUUGAACACCCAGUACGACAAGUUCCGUCUCAACCUGCGUGACUUCCUCAUCUCCCUGAAGGAGUUCGCUGGCGACAAUGCGGAACUAUUCCAGGUCGAGAAGGAGCAGCAGGAGCGGGACGCCAAGGCGGCGGACCUCGAGCGCCGUGGCAAGGUUGGCGGUCUGCUGAAGCCCUCUGAGCUGGAGGAUGACGAGUUAGUUUUCAAGGGACAGGAUUUUUCGAUGAGUGGGAGCUCUACGGGCUCUGACCAGAAGCCAUGCGUCACGGACUAG